AUGGCAGACGAAGGAAGAAGAGUGAGAAAGAUCAACACCAAGAAGAAGUUCGUUGCUGAUGGAGUUUUCCAAGCUGAGCUCAACGAAUUCCUUACCAGAUGCCUCGGUAUGGACGGUUAUGCCGGUAUCGAAGUUAGAGCCACCUCCAUGUCAACUGAGAUCAGAGUUAAGGCCACCAAGACCAGAGAAAUCCUCGAAAAGAGUGCCAGAAAGGUUAGAGAACUCAAGUCACUCAUUGAGAAGAGAUACAACUUCAACGAUGUUGACAACAAAGUUGAACUUGCCAUCAAGCCACUCCCUUACGACAAGAACUUGUGCGCUUCAGCUCAAGCUGAGAACCUCAAGUACAAACUCCUCGGAGGUACUCCAGUCAGACUCGCUGCCAACAACAUCCUCGCUCAAGUCAUGAAGAGAGGUGGUGCUAAGGGUUGCGAAAUUAUCAUCUCAGGUAAAAUCAGAGGUCAAAGAGCAAAGUCCCAAAAGUACAAGCAAGGAUAUAUCAUCUCCACUGGUCAACCAAAGCUCGAAUUCGUUGAUGAAGCCGUAAGACAUGUCGAACUUAGACAAGGUGUUCUCGGAGUUAAGGUUAAGAUCCUCCCAGACUCAGAAAGAGCCGUCGGUAAAUACAGAAAAAUUAUGCCAGAUCACGUUAAGAUCCACGAGCCAAAGGAAGAGAACCACGACAUCACCCCAUCAGGUAUUGCUGCCAACCAAUGA